AUGCCGCUCUUGAAGGAUGACAUGCCGCUCAUGAAGGAGCCCCACCCCUCACCUCAGGCCCCGCUCCCCUGGGUCCUCCCAAGCUUAUUCGCCGCCUUCAACGUGGUGCUGCUGGUCAUUUUCAGUGGCCUCUUCUUCGCAUUUCCCUGCAGGUGGCUGGCCCAGAAUGGGCAAUGGGCCUUUCCCAUCAUCGCAGGCCUCCUCUUUAUCCUCACCUUCUUCAGUCUCAUUUCACUCAACUUCUCAGACCCGGGCAUCUUGCAUCAAGGAUCCAAUGAACAGGGGCCCCUGAUGGUACAUGUGGUAUGGGUGAACCACAGGGCCUUCCGCCUGCAGUGGUGCCAAAAGUGCUGCUUCCACCGCCCGCCCCGGACCUACCACUGUCCCUGGUGCAACAUCUGUGUGGAGGACUUUGACCACCACUGCAAGUGGGUCAAUAACUGCAUCGGUCACCGCAACUUCCGCUUCUUCAUGCUGCUUGUCCUGUCCUUAUGCCUCUACUCGGGUGCCAUGCUGGUCACCUGCCUGAUCUUCCUGGUGCGUACGACCCACCUAUCCUUCUCCAUGGACAAGGCCAUCGCCAUCUUGGUUGCUGUACCCGCCGCCGGCUUCCUGGUGCCCCUCUUCCUGUUGCUGCUGAUCCAAGUCAUGUCGGUGAGCGCGGCGGAGCGGUCCUACGAGGGCAAGUGCCGAUACCUGCAGGGAUACAACCCCUUCGACCAUGGCUGUGCCAGCAACUGGUAUUUAACAAUUUGUGCACCGCUGGGACCCAAGUACAUGGCCGAAGCUGUCUGGCUGCAGAGAGUGGUGGGGUCUGACUGGGUGCCCAUACAGACCCCGCGCUUCCCAACGUGCCCCUCCGUACUCAGUCCCCCCACCUUCCCUGGGCCUGGGUCUGCCCCCCAGCCUCAACCUCUGGGUCUCUACAAACCAGGGAAGGGUCCCCCAGGGAGCGGUGAGGCUGCAGUCCUCCAGGAGCUCCACGCCAGCCCAGUGCUGCCCCGGCUGCGGGAGGCUCCCAGACAAGGCUCCAUCUACUUCUUGCCUUUUCGCCCCGGGAGAUGCCAGGAGUCCCUGCCCCCGAACCUCACCUCUUGA